GAGGCUGGGGUCCGGCUAGGUUCCAUCUCCUUGGCGGCCUCUCAGCCGUGGCCGAUUGGACGAGGUGGCUCCUGCGAGCUCAUGUUGGCCUGCCGCGCUGUAGCUCUCAGUGAGGACUUAGCCGUGAACCGAGAAGAGAUCGAAGAUGCCAG